AGGAGCGCGAGAAUCUCUUUAACAAAACGAUCUCUCUUUAAAUCUAAUCUACGGAAACAAGACGUGCAGGCUGCAGAGAGAUGUCGCGCACAAUAAGCACACUUAUCUUGCAAGCGCUGGAGAAUCUGUGCGAUAACGACCUGGAGAGGUUUUGUUUCCAUCUGAGGGACCGGAGGGAAGAGCCGAAGAUCAGUCGCAGUGAGGUAGAGGAUAAAAGACCUGUGAAGAUCACAGACCUCCUGGUUUCUAAGUUCACAGAACUGGGAGCUCGUAAAGUGGUUUUGGAGACACUGACGCUGAUCGGCUGUAACCAGGAGGCUGAGACACUGGAAUCAAAGACCAAAGCUUGUGUGGACAAAGGUGAUCCCAUUUUUCACAAGACCUCUGACGGAAAGUUGGGCACAAAUUCCUCGCAGGAGGCUGAGACACUGGAAUCAAAGACCAAAGCUUGUGUGGACAAAGGUGAUCCCAUUUUUCGCAAGACCGCUAAUGGGAAGUUGGACACAAAGCCCUCGCAGGAGGCUGAGUUCUAUGCAGCCGGACAGUCUGCAUUAAAAGCUGGUCAACAAGCAGGUGCUCCUGUGACGAUGAAGAACCCAGAGGAGGUGGAGGCUGACGCCAAGGCUCAAGUUCUCUCUGAGGGCGGAGACCCUGGCAACGACAGGCUCGUUCUGAGCAGAUAUGUGAUUCAGUUUGGCAAAUACAAAGGUCAAAAAUUCAAAUGGCUGUUGGAGAAUGAUGUGAGCUACGUUGCCUUUUUGGUGGCUUCCCACCAGAAGGAGCGAGAGCACUCAGUGAGCCAGAGUCCAACAACAGCCCAAAAGGUUUCCUUGACUAAAUACGCAAUUCCUUACCCUGAGGUUUUGGGAGAAGUCGGAUUUCGUCGUGGGGUUGAAAGAGCCAAAGAGAGAUCCCUCCAGCCAGGCCAAGCGGGAGAGGCCCUCGUUGGUUUUGGUCGUCACGAAACGGAGACGCUGAAGGAUCUGUAUGAAGCGAAGGACCAGGACAGAAUCAGGUAUGUCAACUUCCUCCGAGGAAUGAAGUCAACCUGUGAUCCUGGGACCAAGAUGGAGGCAGCCAUCAGAUACAUUUUACAGCGUGACCAGAAGCGGGCUUCAGCUGCCAGAAGGCCGUUCACCAGAUCCUUCCACCAGGGCAACCAGUAUGCCAUUUCCUCAAGACCCAUACAGAGGAAGGUGAAAAGGACCUGGUGGAGGGCACAACAAUCCCGUCUUCUACGUUACUGACAAAAUCCUCUUUGGAGGCUCCUGUGGCUUACUCUAAAUUCCCCUCAUGAUCAAUCAAGUAUCUAUCCAUCUCUCUAUCUUUCUAUCUCUCUGUCUGUCUGUAUAUCCAUGUGUUUAUAUAUCUGUCUCGUUAGAUACAAGUACAAUCAUCCAUUUUCUAAAGGGCUUACCCUAUGCUGAGAAAAGAUCAUGUAAAAAUACAUUAUAAGGAUAAAUGAUUCAGUGCCUAAUUGUACCUUGGACAUAGAUGGAAACAUCUUCUCUAAUUGUGGUCUUCUUACUUGUUUUUCUUGUUUUUAAAAUGUAGAGUUCUUUUAUCUAAACGAUUGUACUCUGCAAACGUAGCCUGUUGAUUUGAAAUUGCCGUUGACUGAUUCAAUUCAUUCAUUAAAGCC